UAAAAUACAAAAAAAUUUAUAUCAAAAUUUAUUUAAAUAAAAUGUGAGAACCGAAAUGCCGGCUACUUUAUUGCAUUGAAUACAAAAAAUACGAACACAUAAAACGACAACAACAACGCAAGCAGCGAGUGCCAGCUCAAACACAAAACAACAAGUUUGUGUAUAAAUUUUUUUUUUUUCGCUCUCUCAGCAUCGGUUUUGAUACCGUGUUGUUGUUUUUCCUUGAUAAUUACGAGUGCGGUGCGGUGCGGUGCGUUGUGUUUGAUUAUUUCUUUUAUGUAUCGGUGUUUGAUGUCGCUCAGCUCCUGUUCAACUGACCACAAUGGCUGAGCGAAAAUUUACACGCGGCUUGAAUAAGCCAGGCAUGGCAGCGCAAUUGCGUGAGACGGUCUCGCAGGUUGUGCGUGAAAGUGCUGUGUUGAAUAAGCCACUUGUUGUUGAACCCAUCGAUUUUGAAAGUUUUGUUGCAAAGAAUAAAACACUUAUUCAAAAUGAUCCACAAAGGGAGUUGCUUAUAUAUCCAAAUGAUGAUGUUUCAGAAAUUAUUAUGCCUCGAAAGUUACGCACAAAUUCAAAAUCGAUCACAGAUCGUUUUGAACCGCCAAAUAAAUCAAUUGUCUGUCCCUUACAUGGUACCAAUACUACCAGGCAGAAUAAUGUCACAAAUAGUCCCAAAACAACACAACGCCAACAAAGCAAUCACUCAACUAAUAGUCUUCAAAAUGGGAACAUAACCCGUAGAAGCUCACAAACUUCUACAAAACUUGCGAAUACUAAGUCACCAACAUCGUCGUUUGAAUCAUAUGAAUCAGCACAUGCUGCACCUGGUCCAGUAUCAUCAUCUUCCUCAUCAACAUCUACUCUUAAAUCAUUUAUUGCAGAACCUGAAGAAGAUUCAGAAGAAGACAAUGAAUGUGUUAAUGGCGGUAGUAAUGGCGAUAAUAUUGUUAAAGUUACUGCUACAACGCGUGCUGAAUGUACACGUUUCACGCGCCAAGCGCUUUAUACGUAUCGUGCUAAAAAUCAUUUGAUUCACUAUAAAUAUAGUGCAUAUGGUGGUACUUGUCACGAUUUGCCAAAAAUUAAUCCGCCGGAAUCACUUAUAGAAGAAGUUUAUGAAAUUGACGCUGAUCAAGAUCGUAUUGAUGAACAAAUGACAAGAUCUCAGGCGGAUUCUAUUACAAAGCAAGGAUUUUUAUUGAAGGGUCCUGAUUCUGGAUCGGAUCGAAUGUUUGCUAAUAUUGGCAAUAAGUCAUUUAAGAGAAGAUAUUGUUAUUUACGUCAAGAAGUAGAUGGAACGUAUAUUCUAGAAUUACAUAAGGAUGAAAAACAGGGAGAAGCUAAAGCUACUAUUGUAAUGGAUUUUUGUACUGAAGUUGUGCAGAAUCCUAAAAAAGGUCGCUAUUGUUUCGAAUUACGCAUGACUGCUGGCCAUAAAUCGUUUACAUUAGCCGCAGAAAACGAAGAUGAAUUUAAAGAUUGGUUAAUAAAACUGUCAUCGGUGCUGCAACAGAAUAAAAUACAAGAAGAUAAACGUGUUGCUUCCUUAGAACGUACAUUACCACCUAGUCCUUGCAAUAUUAUGUUUGGUACACUUAAAGGCUUAGAUCAGUCGAUGAAUCCACAAUUAAUGAAAUAUGGACGAGAAACCGAUAUAUCAAUUGCACAAUCACGUCGUGAAAAUCGUCGUAGACUUUUUGCUUGCUAUCAAUCGCCGACCAAAGUAACAAAUGCUGACAACGUUGAUCAAUAUCGGGAACAGUUUGGUAAAAGAAUUUUCAUUUCUUGUAAAAGCCUUAAAUUUAGGUUACAAUGUUGUAAUGAAAAUGGAGAAGGUGAUAACUUGUGCCAAGUGGAACCAUAUAUAACAAGUUUGGCGUUAUAUGAUGUGAAAUCUGGACGCAAAUUGACAGAAUCAUUUUAUUUCAAUAUUAAUGAUGACAACGUCCGUGAUAUGUUGCCCAAUACACCAGUGCCAUCUUCUGUGACUGCUUGUUGUGUGCCCAAGCGUGAAGAUCGUGAAGAAAAGGCACGUCAAGGUUCCCAAGCACAAAACUCGGUACUUGAUAAUUUGUCACCAGAACUAAUGCGUUGUCCUAAAGUAAUUUUUAGUGGUUUAAAACAAGGUGUAUUCUGUGUGACAGCACCGCAUCCUGAUAUAUUUUUGGUGCUAAAAAUUGAAAAAAUCCUUCAAGGUAAUAUAGUACAGGCUGCGGAGCCAUAUCUUAAGACUGGACGCGAUCCAAAGAUCGCUUUAAAAUUGCACAAAUCAGCACGUAAUUACGCACAGAAUAUUGGUCAUUAUCGACAACCUUUCGCUUGGGCUGCAAAACCUUUGUUCAAACUUUACAGCAAUGAACUGGACACUGAAAAUAAUCAGUUCGACUUUACAACUUUAUAUCGACAGGAACCAAAUAAACUAAAAGAUGAUGAAUUGCUUAAGCUACUGGCAGAAUAUCGAAAACCAGAUAAAUUGAGUAAACUAACAAUAAUACCGGGAUGUAUGAAACUAAUUAUAGAAGAGAUCGAUAGAGUUCAAUGUUCCUUUAAUAAAUCGCUUGUACCAUUAGCUAACUUCAGUUUUCCGCCCAAAACGCCUACGCUUGAAUUAACUGAAUUCCAAAGUAAUAGUGAACGUGAUACACAUCCCUACACCUUAUUCUGUAAUCACCUAUUUAUAUAUCCGUUGAGUCUACAAUUUGAUAGCCAAAAAUUAUUUUCACGUGCACGCAACAUUACUGUUGUUGUAGAGCUACGUGAUUCAGAUACUGAAUACAGUAAACCACUUAAGUGCAUUUAUGGACGUCCUGGUCAUGAUUAUCUUGUCUCUCAAAUUUCCUGUCCUAUUUUACAUCAUAACACAACUCCGUCUUGGUAUGAGGAAAUUAAAAUACGUUUGCCUUUAGGCAUAUUUCCGGAGCAUCAUUUAUUAUUUUCAUUCUAUCAUGUUUCAUGCAAUUUGGGUAAGAAACGUGAUGCUCAUGCUGCAUUUGAAACACCCAUUGGCUAUGCCUGGUUGCCAUUAUUGCAAAAAGGAAAAAUUAAUUUAGAAGAGCAGAUAUUACCAGUAGCAGCUUCGCUGCCUGUUGGGUAUUUAUCCAUACAACCACUUGGCUUGGGCAAAGGCCAGAACUGCGGUCCCGAUAUACAAUGGAUCGAUAACCAACGUCCAUUAUUUGCGUUGAGUUUACGCAUGGAUUCCACAGUAUUAACCGCUGAUCAACAUAUGCACAAUCUGUUUGCACAUUGUGAACGUUUACUAGAGGGCGGUAAGACUACUGCUCUACCCGCAGAAACGGAGACCUGCAAAAUACUAAAAGCUGCGCAUGCCAUCGAUAUAUGCUCUCUGAUUAAUUACCUACCGACAGUAUUAAAUGAACUCUUCACUCUGCUAGUACAUAUUAAAAGCGAUGAGGUUGGCUUAAAUAUCAUACGUCUGUUAAUUAAUAUCAUACAUAUGAUCAUUGAAGAAGCCGGACGUAAAGAGUUGUUGACGGCAUAUGUUAAAUAUGUAUUCCAUGCUCCAUACUAUAACUUUAAAUCAACACGUACUGUUCAUGAUGAGCUGUGCAAGCAUUUGCCUUUAAUAUUACAUCCUAACAACACCGAUUUCCUAAUAGUUAAUAAAUUUAUGCGCUAUUCCAGUAUUUUCUUUGAUAUAGUCGUUAAAAGUAUGGCACAGCAUUUGCUCGACACAGGACGUAUACGUAUGUUGCGCAAUGAGCGUUUUCCGAAAGAAUACCAAAAUAAAUUGGAUAGCUUGAUAAAAGUACUCAUUCCAUAUUUGAUAUCACGUUACAAGGAUUUGCCUGUUGAAACGCAGCACUUAAACAAGUCGCUCUCACAGUUCAUUAGACGCUGUUUGACUUAUAUGGAUCGUGGUUUCGUUUUUAAACUUAUUCGUUAUUAUAUGGAACAAUUUGCACCUGGCGAUCCACGCACAUUGCAGGAGUUCAAAUUGAAUUUCUUGCAAGAAAUAUGUCAACAUGAACAUUAUGUGCCUAUGAAUUUACCGUUUGUCCUAAAUCCUAAAAACCGUCCACCCGAAAUGAUGCAACACUUCACACUUUCCGAAGAAUUUUGUCGGCAACAUUUUCUUUCCGGCCUAUUUCUACAAGAGUUAAAGAGCAGUUUAAACGAAGUCAACAAUGUACGCCGGCACGCAUUGUUCAUAUUUAAAAAUUUGUUAGCAAAGCAUGAACUGGACGAUCGUUACCAAAAUCGUGGUCAAUUGUCACGUAUUGCUUUGCUCUACGUGCCCUGGUUGGGCAUUGUUAUGGAAAACUUACAGCGCAUUGAUGACUUGUCUGAGACUGCAUUGACCCCAAAUGGGCAUGUUUACGCUGAUUCUGCAUCUUAUACGCAACGUUUAUCUUGUUCGAGUAGUUAUGUGUUUGCCAAAGACUCAGCAUUGACAUCUACAACAUCAACUCCUCGUUCCAAAAAUCGUAUGACUCUUCAUAUAGACCAUCCUAGUCCACUACGUGCUUCGAUACAUAUUAAGGAAAAUAACUAUCUGGCAGCCAUUGCCGGCCAAGCAGUGACAAAUGGCGCAUCAACCACAUCCUUGAAUUCCUUAACUUCUGAUUCUCAGGGUUCCAAUGAUACUACAACAAUUGGUAACAUUACUAAUGGAAAUCAUGAUUCCGAUGUUGCAUUGAGAAAUGGCCAUAAUCGUUCCGUAAGCGUGACACAAGCUCUGCAAUUGCCGCGUUGCGAUAAAUUUUCUACAACUGAAAGUAAGGAUUUAUUAAUCGGUUUCCUCUUUGUUAUUAAACAUCUGUCACAAGAUCAGCUGAUUGGCUGGUGGCAAAAUUGUAAUGAAAGCGAUCAGAUUUCAUUUCUAACCAUACUGGAAUUGUGUUUGGUGCAUUUUCGUUAUGUUGGUAAGAAGAAUUUGAAUCUUGCCGAAGAAAGUAAAGAUGCUCGCGCUGCGCGAGCUGCUAAAGCUAGUACCCUGCCUGCACGUAUGGCACCACCAAACCUUGAAAAUGGAAAUGCUCACGAAACGGGUACCCUAAACCUAACACAAAAUCGUGAUAAUUUUCUCAAUGAAACUGCUAGAAAUCAGUUGGCGUUAUAUGAAUCUAAUUUAGCUACAGAAGUUGGCAUGAUAAUAUUGGAUUGUCUGGGCCUCUAUGCGGUACAUUUUCGUGAAAAACUUAUUGACUCCAUUGUUUUGCCAAAACUUGCUCGAGUUUAUUUACGUUUUCUACAAAUUGGGCAAUCGGAAAAUCUAUCAAAACAUAUUUUUGCCGCUUUACGGGCAUUUAUAAAUAAUUUUUCACCAGCAUUAUUUAAAGGAAAUGCUAUACUGUGCGGUCAAAUGGUGUAUGAGUUACUAAAAGCUUGUGACAGCCGCUUAGUGGUCAUACGACAUGAAUCUUGCGCUGUUCUUUAUUUGUUGAUGCGUAGCAACUUUGAAUUUAGCGGACGUAAAGGUCUAACACGUGUACAUCUGCAAGUUAUAAUAUCCGUUUCACAAAUGAUUGGCAAUGUGAUUGGACUUAAUAAUGCACGUUUCCAAGAAAGUCUUUCUUUAAUAAAUAGUUAUGCUAACAGUGAUAAGGCAAUGAAAGGCACAGGUUUUCCAAUGGAAGUAAAAGACUUAACACGUCGUGUACGUACUGUACUAAUGGCAACUGCACAAAUGCAAGCACAUCAUAUGGAUCCAGAACGUCUACUGGAAUUACAGUAUUCAUUAGCGAAUUCUUAUGCUUCCACUCCCGAAUUACGACAUACGUGGUUAGUAACAAUGGCACGAAAUCAUGAGCAAAACGGUAAUAUAUCGGAGGCAGCUUGUUGUCAUUUACAUAUUGCCGCUUUAAUGGCCGAAUAUUUACGUUUACGUGGUGGCUGUAGCGUACUGUGGGGAGCGUCUGCAUUAAUGAAAAUUUCGAGUAAUAUACCACGUGAUGAGCAGGGUUUGAAACUGGAUGCUGGCGCACAAGAUUCACAGUAUACGGAGCAUAUGUUAUUGGAACAGUUAAAACAGUGUGCUGAUUUUCUGGAUAGAGCUGAACGUUUCGAGUGUUUGGGUGAACUUUAUAAACUUAUACUUCCUAUUUACGAACGUGGACGAAAUUUUAUAGAAUUAGCACAAUCAUAUGAACACUUGACGCAAGCUUAUAAUAAAAUUGUAGAAGUUAAUCGUUCUGGAAAACGGAUGCUCGGACGAUUCUACCGGGUAGUGUUCUAUGGAGCGAUGUACUUUGAAGAGGAUCACGCCAUCGAAUACGUAUAUAAAGAACCAAAAUUAACUUCUUUGAGUGAAAUUUCUGAACGUUUGGCAAAGCAGUAUAAAGAGAAAUUUGGUGCUGAUGUGGUUAAACUGAUUAUGGAUUCAUCACCAGUUAAUGUCAAAGAACUUGACACCAAAUUGGCUUACAUACAAGUAACACAUGUAAUACCAUUUUUCACUAAAGAUGAACUCGAUCAACGUUUGAAUGAAUUUGAACAGAAUCACGAUGUCGAUACGUUUAUGUAUGAAACACCAUUUACAAAAUCCGGUGCUGCUAGAGGAAGCGUCGAAGAACAGUGGAAGCGUAAAACUGUUAUAAAAACUACUUAUUCAUUUCCUUAUGUGCUAAAACGAAUAUCCGUUAAAUCGAGAGAAAUUAUAGAACUGAGUCCAAUUGAAGUAGCUAUUGAUGAAAUGCAGACUAAAGUUUCAGAACUAGAAGAGGUUAUAUUACCGCCAGCAGAUGUAAAGAAAUUACAACUACGUUUACAAGGUAGCAUUGCAGUAACUGUAAAUGCAGGACCUUUGGCCUAUGCGCAAGCAUUUUUGGAUCCAAAAGUCGUUGAAAAUUUCUCUGUUGAUCGUGUCGAGGAUUUAAAAGAUGUUUUUAGGGAUUUUAUUGGCGUUUGUCAUACUGCAUUGCAAUUGAAUGCACGUAUGAUUAGCAAUGAUCAAAAAGAAUAUCAUUCUGCUUUAAAGGAAAACUAUCAGAAACUAUGUCAAGCACUUAGUGAGUUACUAGAUGAACCAUUCCAGCCGCUCGACGAUAGCAGCAUUAAUACGCAUCGCAAUAGCAUGGCUUUGUUCAAUGCAAUCAGUGGCGCUUCGAAUAACUCAAGUCUUGAUUUUGCAGUUUAUUAAACAACAAUUUACACAACACACCCACUUGCACACACAUAUCUAAAAAAAUAUUUGAAUUAUGUACUCGAAAAUCCUAAAACCCCACCCAGUUUCGUAUGAACUAAACUAAUUAUUCGUGAAAUAACAAAUUAAAUUCUGUAAUAUUUAACAAAUAUAAAAUCAACAUGUAAUAUUUUAACACAGACAGAAACACAAUAGAUGCU